UGGUUGGUGAAAAACAAAUAGUUGAGUUGGCAAAAUAUAAACAAAAAUAAUAAAUACAGCGACGCACGAUGACUGAGGAGACGUUAAUACUUAUUUUGUUGGUGGUUGUAAUGCUGGUGGGUUCCUAUCUAUCAGGCAGCAUUCCAUUAGUCAUGCGAUUGAGUGAGGAAAAACUCAAAUUUGUGACUGUGCUGGGAGCUGGUUUAUUAGUGGGCACUGCCCUGACAGUCAUCAUCCCAGAAGGAAUACGCUCUCUAUAUAUGGACAGUAAGCGAGGAGUCGCCACCACCGAUAAGUUAGAGAUGGAACCACAGGAUUAUUCCCGCACAAUCGGAUUAUCGCUUGUGCUGGGAUUUGUUUUCAUGAUGCUUGUGGAUCAGAUUUCGCAACGAAAGACCAACAAUUCAACAGGCACUGAAAAUGAUAAGAAUAUCACGGCUACUCUGGGUUUAGUUGUACACGCUGCUGCCGACGGCGUCGCUCUGGGAGCUGCCGCAACCACCAGUCAUCAGGAUGUGGAGAUAAUUGUAUUCCUGGCCAUUAUGUUGCACAAGGCACCGGCAGCAUUUGGUUUAGUUAGCUUCCUGUUGCAUGCGAAAGUGGAACGGCAGCAAAUCCGGCGACAUCUGGGAAUAUUUUCAUUGUCCGCACCGCUGUUAACACUGCUCACAUAUUUCGGGAUUGGGCAGGAGCAAAAGGAGACACUGAAUUCGGUGAAUGCCACUGGAAUUGCAAUGCUCUUCUCCGCCGGAACAUUCUUGUACGUGGCAACGGUUCACGUAUUGCCGGAGUUAACCCAAGGUGGACACGGUGUCCAUCAUCAUCAGCAUAUAGGCUAUGAUUACCAUCUGGUGGAAGAAUCCCGCGAGAUUUUAAAUGACCCAACGGCUCAGUCGCAGUCAACGUCGAAUCAGAAAGCAGGACUGCGCUUCAGCGAGCUCAUUAUUAUGGUAUGCGGAGCGCUAUUACCACUAAUUAUUACCUUUGGUCAUCAUCAUUAGUAUGUAAAUAUUAUUUAAUACGUCUAAAAACAAGAGACAACAUUCCUCUCACAUUGGUUUAUUAUUAUUAGAGAUGUAAAAGCAAACUGUCAUCGAAAAAUUUGACAUAUCGAUUCUUGCAUCACUAUUACAACACAUCAUUUGUAAAUAAGAUUUAAAAUAUUAGUUUUAUAAAAUAUGUAUAAAAGUUUAAGCCAUAAGCAUCUCAUUAUCUACUUGUAUAUUAAUUGAUAUAUAAAACUAAUUGUAAUGCA